AUGGAGGAUUUUAAAAUUAUAUAUGCAUCUAUUAUAAAAUUUAAAGACAAAAUACCAAUUUUUACUUAUUACACUAAUAUUGAAUCAGAAUUAAGAGUAGAGUUAGUGCGUUCUUUAAAUUUAUUUUCUCAAUCUAGUUCUAUCGGAGCAUUUCCAGAUUCGCUUCCAUUUGAACAUGGGAUAAUAUAUUCUCUUUAUAACAAAAAUUUAACAUUAAUUUAUAUUAUUAUAACAAAAAAAGGAGAAAUGACAGAUAAACAUGCUUUUUCUUUUUUAGAGGAAUGUAUGAAUAAAUUAGAAAAUAAUAUAGAUUAUAAAAAUUUGCAUAGAUUACCAAAAAAUUAUUAUUCUAGAUCAUUCGCAAAUUUUUAUCAAAAUUUAAUUAAAAAAUAUAAUGCUGAAUACUUGAAUAAUUAUGAAAGAUUUGAUAAAAAAAUAGUUAGAAUAUUAUCAACCAUACAUAAAGGAAUAGAAUCAUCCUUGAAAAAUAAAAAUAAUUUAUCAAAAUUAGAAAGAAGACUAAGUAGUUUGGCUAUUAAUGCAAAAAUUGUAUGUUUUAAAUAA